CUCUCUCUCUCUCUCUCUCUCUCUCUCUCACUUCUCAAUCAACUCUGUAGUAUUCAGCUUCUUCCUUUCUCGUUUCUAUCAUUCUAAACAAAAUUGGACUAUCAUCACUCUUUCAGAUCUCUCUCUCUCUCUCUCUCUCUCUCUCUCUCUCUCACCUCUUCCAUUGCGCUUUUCAAAGCAGAAGAAGUUGAAGGAUAAAACAUAGCAAAAUGUAUGAUGUUAAGAUAGUCCGAAAGUAAAAUGAUCAUUGAUAUGCCAUCAUCCAUGGCUCAAAAUUCUAGGACAGGCAGAUCAUCUUUUAGCUCUAGCAAUGGCAAUGAGAACAACUAUGCUGCUAUUAACAAUGUUGAUGACUAUGAUAGUGAUAGCUCAAAUUUGGCACCAUCCACACCAUCAACUCUGUCAAUGGCUGUUCCCGCAGAAUUGGCUGGAGCUAUACCCUUAAUCGACAGAUUUCAGGUGGAUGGAUUUUUGAAACUGAUGCAUAAACAAAUUCAAUCUGCUGGGAAACGCGGAUUUUUUUCUAAACGAUCUUCAGAUCCCCAAGCUCGUGAAAAAUUUACAUUCGAGGACAUGCUGUCUUUUCAAAAGGAUCCAAUACCAUCAUCAUUGCUUAAGAUCAAUGGCGAUUUAGUAAGUCGGGCGACAAAAUUAUUCCAGAUAAUUUUGAAGUAUACUGGAGUUGAUUCAACUGAUUGUGCAAAUCCCUUAAGCUUAGACGAACGAGUUGAGCUCGUUGGGAAACUAUACAAGCAAAGUUUGAAACGUGCAGAACUCCGAGACGAGCUUUUUGUUCAGAUAUCAAAACAAACAAGAAAUAACCCUGAGAGGCAAUAUUUGAUCAAAGCAUGGGAGCUUAUGUAUAUAUGUGCAUCCUCCAUGGCUCCUAGUAAAGACAUUGCGGUUUAUGUAUCAGAUUAUGUUCAUAACAUAGCUCAUGGUGUGGCUACUGAUUCUGAGAUCCAAGCCCUUGCGUUAGAUACGUUGAACGCUUUGAAGCGUUCGGUCAAGGUCGGUCCUAGACAUAUAAUACCUGGGCGAGAGGAGAUUGAAGCUUUGUUGACUGGGAGAAAGCUCACAAAUAUAGUGUUCUUCUUAGAUGAAACAUUUGAAGAAAUUACUUAUGACAUGUCGACUACAGUUGCUGAUGCUGUUGAGGAACUUGCAGGGCUCAUUAAACUGUCAGCAUACACUAGCUUUAGUUUGUUUGAAUGUCGUAAAGUUGUUACGAGUUCCAAAUCAUCUGAUCCUGGGAACGAAGAGUAUAUUUGGUUAGAUGAUAACAAAUAUAUAGGGGAUCUUCUGGCGGAAUUUAAAGCAGCAAAAGAUCGAAGUAAAGGAGAAAUCUUGCACUGUAAACUUAUAUUCAAGAAAAAGUUGUUUCGUGAGUCCGAUGAUGCUGUGACAGAUCCAAUGUUUUUGCAGUUGUCCUAUGUACAAUUGCAGCAUGAUUAUAUUUUGGGUAAUUAUCCUGUUGGAAAGGACGAUGCCUCUCAGCUUUCUGCAUUACAAAUCUUGGCUGAGAUUGGACCUGUUAGCACACCUGAAUCGUGCACUAACUGGAAUUCAUUUCUGGAGCGAUUCCUUCCUCGACAAAUUUCAAUGACACGAGCAAAACGAGAAUGGGAGUGUGAUAUUCUUUCUCGAUAUCAUUCAUUGGUGCAUCUGACAAAAGACGAUGCAAGACAACAAUUUCUGCGUAUAUUGAGAGCACUUCCUUACGGGAAUUCCGUUUUCUUCAAUGUUCGCAAGAUUGAUGAUCCGAUUGGAAUCUUGCCUGGAAGAAUAAUAAUAGGAAUCAAUAAACGAGGGAUUCAUUUUUUUCGUCCAGUUCCUAAGGAAUAUUUGCACUCAGCCGAGUUGAGAGACAUAAUGCAAUUUGGAAGCAGCAACACUGCCGUCUUUUUCAAAAUGCGAGUAGCCGGCGUUCUUCACAUAUUCCAGUUUGAAACCAAGCAGGGGGAAGAAAUUUGUGUAGCUCUUCAGACACAUAUAAAUGAUGUAAUGCUUCGCCGCUAUUCGAAAGCACGGUCUUCUAGUGGCGGUAGUUCUUUGAAUGGAGAUAUUUCUAAUAACUCAAAGCCUCCUAAUGUAGAAUCAUAUGAGAAGCUCAUUCAAGAUUUAUCCAAACUUGUUGAAGAAUCUCAAAGAAAUGCUGAUCAAUUGCAUAAAGAAUUGCUUGAGAAGCAAGAACAAGAAGAAAAGAUGCAAGAACAAAUAGAGGGCUUGAAGGAAUCCUUAAAAGCUAAUAACCAAAAUCUCGAGGCAGUUACAAGUGACUGUGAAAGGCUUAGAUUAUUAUGCAGUAAAAAAGAUCAGGCGCUACAGGUUAUAGAGAACAAUUCCAAAAAGGAUCUUGUUGAAACAAAUAGCCAAGUGCUACAAAAGCUUAAAUAUGAGCUAAAAAAUUGUAAAGAUGAGCUUCAUUCAGCUGAAGAAACUAUCAAAACCUUGGCGAGUGAAAAAAUGAUUUUGGAACAGAAGUUAUCUGUGCUUGAGAAGAGGAAUGCUGAAGGGAGUAGCUCUCUUCAACGGAAACUUGAACAAGAGCGCAAAGCUGUGAAGUCUGAAGUGUAUGACCUUGAAAGAAAGCUAGAAGGGUAUAGACAAGAAUUAACGGCUGCUAAGUCUAUUAUUUCAGUCAAGGACUCUGAGUUGGCUGCAUUGCAAAAUAAUUUAAAGGAACUGGAUGAAUUGCGUGAAAUAAAAGAGGACAUUGAUAGAAAGAAUGAACAGACAGCUGCUAUAUUGAAGAUGCAAGGGGCUCAAUUAGCCGAAAUGGAAGCUCUUUAUAAAGAAGAACAAGUUUUACGAAAGCGUUAUUUUAAUGUAAUAGAAGACAUGAAAGGCAAGAUCAGAGUUUAUUGUCGGCUAAGACCUGUUAGUGAAAAAGAGGUUUCUGAGAAAGAAGGAGAAGCUGUAAUUGCAGUAGAUGAGUUUACUGUCGAGUUUUUAUGGAAAGAAGAUAAGCCAAAGCAGUUCAUGUAUGAUCGUGUUUUUCGGGGUGAUGCAACUCAAGAAACCGUGUUUGAGGAUACAAGGUAUUUGGUGCAAUCUGCUGUAGAUGGUUAUAAUGUUUGCAUAUUUGCUUAUGGCCAAACUGGCUCUGGAAAGACGUUUACAAUCUAUGGAUCAGAAGACAACCCCGGGCUUACACCUCGUGCAAUUGCUGAACUUUUUAGAAUUUUAAGGAGGGACAGUAACAAGUAUUCCUUUUCCUUGAAGGCAUACAUGGUGGAGUUAUAUCAAGACAACCUUAUUGAUCUUCUAUUGCCUAAGAAUGCAAAGCAUUCAAAAUUGGAUAUCAAGAAGGAUUCGACGGGAAUGGUUGUUGUGGAAAAUGUGACAGUGAUGUCAAUUUCUACAAUCGAAGAAUUGAAUAACAUAAUACAAAAGGGAUCUGAACGACGGCAUAUAUCGGGGACACAAAUGAAUGAAGAAAGUUCAAGAUCUCAUCUCAUUCUUUCAAUAGUAAUUGAAAGCACCAAUCUUCAAAGUCAGUCAGUUGCAAGGGGAAAGUUGAGUUUUGUUGAUCUUGCUGGUUCAGAAAGAGUCAAAAAGUCAGGUGCUAAGGGUAGUCAGCUGAAGGAAGCACAGAGUAUAAACAAAUCAUUAUCAGCACUUGGAGAUGUUAUUAGUGCUUUGUCUACUGGUGGUCAAUACACACCUUACAGGAAUCACAAGUUAACUAUGUUGAUGAGUGAUUCACUUGGUGGUAAUGCCAAAACUCUCAUGUUUGUCAAUGUUUCUCCAAUUGAAUCAAGCUUGGAUGAGACUCAUAACUCUCUCAUGUAUGCAUCGCGAGUGAGAUCAAUUGUGAAUGACCCUAGCAAAAAUGUUUGUUCAAAGGAAAUAGCGCGAUUAAAGAAGUUGGUUGCAUAUUGGAAACAACAAGCUGGUAGAGGACUGGAUGAAGAUUUAGAAGAAAUUCAAGACACACCGACUAAAGAUAGGCCUGAUAGUCAUGGUAGCAACUCUAGCUCUAGGUGAAUAGGACGAGCAUUCAAAUAGCCACCAGUGCAAUGGAUUGAUCAUGUGCACAAUUUUCUUUUAUAAAUGAACUAUCAUCAAUUUCUUUGAUUAAACAGGCUGAAAUUACUGUUGUAUAGUUUAAUUUUGUAUAUAGUAUUAAUCCUUUUUACUCUUGCGGAUUUAAAUGUAUACGUUAUUAUUCUAUCUAAAUGUUUCAUAUCUUCAAAAUAAA